AUGGCACACAAAAUACUAGGUUCUACCAACAAUGAUAACUUUCACAAUCGUAUUGAUAUUGAUUGUGGUCUAAGCGAGGUUGGAUUACUUAACACAGGAUUGGCGCUCAAUUUAAAUUAUGAAAGAUUUCAGAGGAUGGAUUAUUAUUGGGGAAAACUUGAGAAAGAUGUGGAGUUGGAGUUACCCAGUUGGAUGAAAAGAUAUUUUAUGGAAACAACCUUCCUCAUUACCGCCAGCAAAUCCGUAUGCGCCAUGUCCAACUAUUAUAACACCAUAUCACAAAACAAGGAAACCAGUAUUCACGAUAGCUUAAUAAAGGAAAGCGAUGAAUUUUUAGGGUGCAUUAUUGGUUACCUUAAUUCUAUAAUUUGGUUUUCCAUGAUCCCAAAAUUUGUUAAAUAUUUACCUGAAAUUAGUCACUACACUAAUAAAACAAAGAAGCAAGUUGAAUGGUUGAAGAGCAGCCUUCUUAAUAUUGUUAAGACUCAAAGAGAGGAGAUUGAUGGGAAGCCAGACGAAGAGCUAGCCCCAGACAUGUUAAAAAUGUUUCUAACAUUGAACACAUCACGCGAUAUAACAAAAGGGGUUGCGGAUGGUUUGAAUCAUCACUCAAUGUCUGAUGUAGAAAUUUCAUUAAAUCUCAUUGAAAUAAUAACCGCAGGAAUUGAUACGUCAGCAAAUUCUGCUUGCUACGCGAUUUACAUGAUAUCCAAAUAUCCUCAUGUAAAGGAAAAAUUUCUUAAAGAAUUGGAUACUGUACUUGGACGAGGUCAAAAUUUCCAAAUAACUUACGAAGGAAUCAAUAAAUUGGCUUAUUGUGAGGCAGUCAUCAAGGAAGGGAUUCAUAAACAUAGAUCUAAUUGGACGGACCCAGAUGUAUUCAACCCCAAUAGAUUCAUGGACGAAUCACACCCGGAUUAUAAGAAAGAAGUUUACAUGUUUGGGGGCGGGUCACGAAAGUGCAA